UAAACCGAUAAUAUUACAUCGGUCUUUUGUGGAACUUUAUGUAAAAAUCAUUACUCUCACCAAGACCUUAAUUUCUAGAUUUUUUUUUCCCUUUUUCUACUUGUAAAAAAAAACUGGCCGGAUAACGGCGGAGGAGUCAAUUAUCGGCGGCAGGAAACAGUGAGAAAUUCGUUCAUGUUUUACAUUUUCAUUCACUUCUUCGGAUUUUCCUCCCCUUCACCUGGUGCGAGAAUGCAAUUCCAGCGCGAUUUACGACCCUGACCCUCCAUUCCGCACCGCGAUUUCACUCUAAACCAAACAUAUCGUUACUCCUAACUUCAAUUUUGUUCUCAAUCUUCACAGAUUAUAGCGUGAGGGUCUUAUAAUAUGAUUCAAGUUCUGAAUCCCUUUGAAUUACUUCAAUUCAAGACUUCUUCUUUCUUCGGAACCAUUCCAAAACCCUUCAUUUCCUUCCAAGCACAAAGCAGAAGUUUAACUAUGAAACCUUUAGUCAUCAAAGCUAGGGCAAAUGCUAGAAAAGAAAGUGCUAAAAUUCGAAACAGAAAGAUACAGAAAAAGUUUAAUGGAACAGCAACACAUCCAAGGCUUUCGGUAUUUUGCUCUGAUAAACAAUUGUAUGCAAUGCUUGUAGAUGAUCAAAAUAAGAAGUGUUUAUUCUACGGAAGUACGCUGCAGAAAUCGUUCCGAGAAAAUCCUCCGUGUAGCACCGCUGAAGCUGCUCAACGUGUUGGGGAGGCUCUUGUCAAAGCCUGUGUUGAUCUCAACAUAAAUGAAAUAUCAUUCUACGAUCGCAAUGGAUUCGGUCGUGGAGAAAGGCUAAAUGCCUUUGAGAUUGCCAUUUCCAAUUAUGGAUUCUUGCCUAGAUAGGUGAAGUAAUGCAUCAUGAAGAAAUGUCUGGUGUCACCUGAUUGAUGAUGCAAAGCCAUGUGUUGACCCAAGGUCUGAGACAGACACGUAACUAGCUCCAUGCACAGAGCAAUGAAUGAAUACAAGAUCCAAUGGAUAUUUUACCAUGAUUCAAGAUCGUUCAGGAAACUAGUACCAAGCACAGUCUGUAUAACAAAAGGGAAGUUUUAAGAGAAUUUACAUGAAGAAUAUUUGACUUGAAGUGUGGGAAAUUAUUUAUCAGAAAGAGGGAAAUUAUUUAUCAGAAAUGCUAUCUUCGUUAUUGAACUCUAUAAACUCUGUCCUCAUUCUCGUAUUGAACUUCUGGACCAUCCUUCUUCA